AUAAUAUAUGAAUUGGAGGUGGGUUAUUAUACAUUAGUGAACAACUUACAUGUUUGGAUUGAUUUCAUUUAAUGACAAGAAUCCAUAGUUGUAAUAGUUGUAAAAGUGAUGUAUUGAAUUGAUGAAUUUAUUGUCCAAUAUUUAAAAUAAAUGACACUUUUAUAUGAUAAGGAAUAAUGUUCAAGUAUCAUAUAAUGUGACUUGAUGAGACCAAACACCUGGUGUGCUAGUAUACACAUACCUCAAGUCAAUAGCCGGUCAUUCAUUUUUUGGGACAAAAUUCUGGAAUGAUCUUUAAUAAAAUUAAAGCCUACGAAAGUUAAAUUGCGUUAAGUAAUAUUGCUUGUUGACUAAGUUGUAAUAUGAAAGUGCACUUUGAAUUUAAAAAUUUGAAUUUAAAAGUGCUAAGUCAUACUUAGUUGGUUUUGAUCUGAUUAGCUCGGCUCGUGGCAAUAUUAUAGGGCCAAUUAAACUUUGUGACCCAUACUCAAUCCAUAUAAUCUUAUUUCCAAGUACAUACAUCCCACUGCACGUUCGUAGUAUUCGUUUUUAAUAUACCGAAGCACUCCAUCAUUCUUGCUCUUUGAGAAUACCACUUACACACAUUCAUACUAGGUCGGAUAUUCCUUGGAAUUCCCGUUAGUGGAGUUAUUCCAAAUUCUUUGAUUAUUAUUGAGAAGCGAUACUGAUAUUUCAUAUCGAGUAUAUCUAUACGAAUUAUACUCUUCUCCUAUUGUGGGCUCUUCUCUAGUCAACGGCAAAUCGGGCAACGGUCGAAGUGUUUCUGUCAAGCAAGCUAGAGGACUGAAACAGAGGUAGGAUUAUCCUGGGAGCGAGUUGGCCAGUCCCGUUCGAGUAGCUAUCGAGAUACGGGGGCUAUCUUUCUUCAAAGCCAGUACGGUUAACGGGCGAUCUUACGCUAAGUCAUUCUUUCUCUAUCUUUUAUAUUAAUAUUUCGUAUCUAAUUAUUGUUGUUAUUUUAUUCGUUCUUGCAUUUGGUGGUUUGUCUGGUGAUUUGUGAUUAAACUCGGGAUUUUAUCUGCCUAAACUCGCCAUUUAAAUACUAUUUCUCUAACAUAUCACACCUAAUUAAUAAAGAUGUGGAGGCUAAGAGGUUGAAACCGAUUAAGGUGGGACGACCAGGAAUUGCAGUCUCUCAUAUUUUCUUCGCAGAUGAUCUUUUACUCUUUAGUGAGGCAUCACACACUAACUUAAGGGUUUUGAUGAACACGGUUGAGGUUUUUUCUUUAUGGUCAGGGUUGAUGAUCAAUAAAGACAAGUCCUGUGUUUAUUUUUCACCUAAUAUUGAUGGCAGUAGUCGCUGUAAUCUGCAAGAUACGACGGGAAUAAAGGCAACACGUGAUAUCGGAAAGUAUUUGGGAGCUCCCAUUUUGCAUGGGCAGAAAAGUAAGAGUAAAUAUUAUUUUAUUCUUGAUCGGGUGAGAAGGAAAUUAUCCUCUUGGAAAGAGAAGUCUCUGAGCUUGGCAGGUCAGAAGACACUUAUACAAUCUGUGACUAGCUCCAUAUCUCAAUAUGUUAUGCAAAGUGUCUUACUCCCAUUAAGCAUCUGCGAUAACAUUGAUAAACUUAAUCAGGAGUUCCUUUGGGGAAGCUUGGGGGGAGUGCAUCUUGUUAGUUGGGAGGAAGUUUGUCAGCCAAAAGAGUUUGGUGGCCUAGGUCUUCGUAAGACUCGGGAUUUCAAUCGGGUUUUCUUAGCUAAAUUGGGCUGGGAGAUUAUUACAGAUGCUCCUAAACUUUGGGUGAAAGUUAUGAAGGCUAAAUAUUUAAAAAAUUCUUCUUUCUGCGAAGUGGAGAGGAAAAUAGGUUCUUCUCAUGUUUGGAGGGAUAUAAUUAGCAGCAAGGAUAUUAUCCAACGUGGGCUAUGGUGGCAGGUGGGGUCUGGGGAGAACAUUAUAUUUCGUUUUGGUUUGAUCAUUGGUUGAAAGAUAAAUUGCUUUGUGAUGUUUUGGGUUCGCCUCUUGCGGAUUCUGCGCGAUUUGUUAAAGUGGCUGAUUUUAUUACUUCGAACAAAGAGUGGAAUGUAGGUAAAUUGGAGGAGAUGCUGCCCAAGGAUGUUGUGGAUAACGUGAGGGCAGUCCCAUUAUCUAUGGAGGAAGAUAUACAGGAUGGAGUAUUCUGGAGGCUUUCAGGUACGGGCGAGAUUACUAUUAAAUCUGCUUACGAGGCCUGUUUUUUUAUGCAGAUGGAGGACAACAUGAACUGGAUCUGGAAUAUUAGUGUUCCAGAAAAGGUACGAUGCUUCCUGUGGCUGAUCAGGAAGAACAAAAUACUGACUAAUAUUGAGAGAGUGAGACGACAUCUCUCAGAUGAUCAUAUAUGUCAUAUCUGCAAUGAUGAAGAUGAAACUGUUCUUCAUAUGGUUCGUGAUUGUACUUUUGCUGCUUUAUGUUGGAAGAACGCUGCACUGGGGUUGGCUAGAACUGGAGACAACAGUUUUAAUUCUUUGGAAUGGCUUCGUAGUCACUGUCAAGAGAAGAGAGACAACACUGGAAGGAUUCCUCACGCCUCUAUAUUUGCUUAUAUCAUCUGGUUUAUUUGGAAGUCUCGUAAUGCAUGGAUUUUUGAAGGCGUUCCUCUGAAUGCUGAACGAGUGGUUCGGAAUGCGUAUGCACAGGCAGAGGAGUAUAAUGUGUUUACUUCUACGCAAGACAUCAAGCAGUUAAAGGUCCCUAAACGUAUUAAAUGGCUUCCUCAUUGUUUCAAACUUAAUUGUGAUGAUUCAAGUUGGGGUUCGGGAAGAGAGGCAGGGGCAGGCGGAGUGAUUAGGAAUCACAAAGGAGAGUGGAUCCUUAGAUUUACUAUUAAUAUCGGAAAAGCGGAUAACUUUAAUGUAGAACUUCGGGGUUUACGCCAGGGCUUGCUGCUUGCUCGUGAACUGGACUUGAAGCGGGUCAUAGUAGAGAUUGAUUCAGAAGGUGUAUUAAGGCAAUCAAGAACAUACACAACAAACAUGGUGCUCCCAUUGGAGUCUUAGUUCGUGAUUGUCAAAUCUUACUUGAAGACAGGCGAUUUCUCCAAAUCAAGCACAUAUUUCGAGAAGGCAACAAAUGUGCUGAUAGACUUGCGAAUGCAGCACACGAAGCUCCGAAGGGUCUUACAGUGUUACACUCCGCACCAGCUUGGGUCAUCCAAACUCUUUGGGAGGAUGCUAAUGGGCUCGAGUCUCUUAGAGUUUAAUUAAUUUUGUUUGUGCUUUCCUUUUUCUUUUUUAUUUUGUUCCGAUGUAUCAAAACAAAAAAUAAGUCAAAUAAAAUAACAUGAUGUUUAAAAUGACAAACGAUUGAGCUAAAAGAUUAUGUUUGCAAACACAAUUUAGGCCUCAGGAUAUAAGUAAAUGAAAGGCCCGGACAUUCUCCAAGCAUAUAGAAGAAACUAACCUAAAGUCUAAUUCAACAAUAGAGAUCAUGGAUUCGACUCUUCCACCUCCAACCUUGACAUGAACGGCUCCUUGCUAGGCUUGGACCCGGUUCGGACCACCCGGCCCGGGAACCGGUCCGGCCUGACACUGUUUGGGCCCAUCCCGGCCCGGGAACCGAUACCGGGUCUAGGCCCGGUUAGAAGGGGAAACCGGGGGCGGGUACGGGCUGAAGGAAUUGGGCCGGUUCCGGGCCCGGUUCGGGCCUUUUCAAUUUUUUUUUUGUUUUUUUUUUGUUUGGGCCUUUGGGCUGGGUUUAAAUGGCUGGAAUGGGUUUUCAGAUGGGUUUGUAGGAUGGGGGGUACGGGAUA